AGAAAGUGCUGACUUUCCAGCUUGAUAUAUGACAAGGUCCAGGCAGCGCAGGGAUUUUGGCAUUGUUGGGUCGCCCAUGGAAAGUACACGGUCCCUGGCUCUCUCUAAGGUCUAGAAGGAGAACUCCUCUCUCUGUAUGGCCCCUGGUAUUCGCAUGACUUCUGCCCAGCUUGGUGUAAACUCAUCUUUCAGCAAGACUACAAUGCAGACCAGUCUAAAGAUGGCAGUGGAGGAAGAAAGUGAAAAGCCCAGGACUAAUGUUGCUAUCCUGCCCUUCAGUGUGGAGGCAUUGAUGGCUGAUAGGAAGCCAUGCAGAGACCUCUCCAGCCCAACUGUGUCCCCACUAGUUGGGGCAUCCCACAGCCCCAGGAUGGGGUCACUGGCAGCCAUAGACACCCCCAGCUCCCCUAUGUCUCUCAACAGCCAUUACUCUGUCGGGGGGAUCAUGAAACUCCCAGAAGAAGCACUUGUCAAAUCUGAGAGCCCAGACAGAGAGGACAGGAACCCCUGGAUCCAAAGUUCCAGAUUCUCCCCUUCUCCUACAAGAAGGUUGAGCCCACCAGCAUGCACCCUGAGAAAACACAAGACCAACAGGAAACCCAGGACCCCCUUCACCACCUCUCAGCUGUUGGCCCUAGAGAGGAAAUUCAGACAGAAGCAAUAUCUGUCCAUAGCAGAAAGAGCAGAAUUUUCCAGUUCCCUCAACCUCACUGAGACUCAGGUGAAGAUCUGGUUCCAGAACAGGAGAGCAAAGGCCAAGAGGCUGCAGGAGGCAGAACUGGAGAAACUAAAAAUGGCAGCCAAGCCUAUGUUACCCCCAGCCUUUGGGAUCUCCUUCCCACUUGGGACAUCAAUACCUACUUCAUUGUAUGGAACUUCACAUCCUUUCCACAGGCCAAGUCUCCCUAUGUCACCUAUGGGACUUUACACAGCACAUGUAGGAUACAGCAUGUACCACCUCUCCUAGACUCCAUGUGAUCUCACUUCACAGACUCUUGGCAAAAUAACUUUUGCGAAUCUUUCCCAAACCAUAAACUUGUGUAACUAUUUAUGAGUUCCUAGGGAAUUCAUCUUCAGAAAUAGCAUGUCACUUCAACAUGUAUACCAUUAUCGCCUUGUCAGCUGUCUGGUUAGUGGGAUCCUACAAGACCGUCCGCAAGAUCCAAUCAAUCGAGUUCCUGCGUGCGGUUCCUGCGUGCGGUUCCUGCGUGCGACACUUUGAGAUCAGAGCGACAAAUCUCCACACUGAAAUCCUAAUAUAUGCAGAUUUUUUUAACAGGGAGUCCAACAAAACAUUUCAACCUAAGGAUAGAAAGACGUUAAAUAUCCACCAGAACUUGCUAUAUAUAUAGCCACAGAAUGACACUGUCGGUACAUGGAUAUAUAUGUAAACUCGUAUAUCUCUUACAUGUAAGAGAUCAUGUAUUUCUAUUUAACAGCACUGUCUGUUUGCCCUUUUUUGUUAUUACAAAAAAUCCCUUUGGAAGGGGUUUGUAUUAUGUAAUAUACUGUAUAUUUGAAAUUUAUUAUCAUUUAUAUUAUAGUUCUAUUUGUUAAAUAAAUUAAUUUUAAUGUA